AUUUUCAGAGAGUGGUGGAGGGCACUAGGGGGAGCCCAAUUUGGAGGGAUUGGCAAAGAGUGAAGAGGACACUUGGUGGAGGCCAGUGAAGGGAUUGGCAGAGAGGGUGGGAGAACACUGUAGUGGAGAAUCUGUGUGAGGGAUUGGCAGGAGAGGGGUUGGGAGAACACUGAGUGAAGAUCAGUGGGGAGGGAUUGGCAGAAGAGGGUGUGGAGGACACUGAAUGGAGGCCAGUGGAUGCGGAUUGGCAGAGAGGGUGGGAGAACACUGUUUGGAGAUCAGUGGAGGGAUUGCAGAGAGGUGUGUGAGGACACUGAAUGGAGGCCAGUGGAGGAUUGGCAGAGGGGGGUGGAGAACACUGAGUGGAGCUCAGUGGAGGGAUUGCACAGAAGAGGGGUGGAGGACAUGAAUGGAGGGCCGUGGAGGGAAUUGGCAGAGAGGGGAGGAGGACUCUGAAUGGAGCCAGUGUGGGAUUGGCAGAGAGGGUGGAUGAC